AUGAAGAGAUGGCCAUUUGUAGUUAUAGGAGUAUUUAUUGUUAUUUUUCUUUUUAGCUCAGAAUUAUUUGAAAAUUCAAUAGAUGAAUCAUAUAAUCCAAAGACGUACAUACAAACAUUAGACAAGAUCACAAUUGAAAACUGCAGUUCAAACAACAUACGAAAUGAAAUGCUCACAUUAUCACAACAAAAAACAGAUAUUGAUUCUUCAAUUUAUGCAAAUUUCUCUUUUCCUCCAGUUGACAUUGAGGUCAACGGUCAUGAAAUUAAAUUUAAUCGGGAAAAAGUGAGACAAAAUCCUGAAGACCUUACUAUUCAUCUAGUUUUUCAUUCGCAUGUUGAUCCCGGAUGGCUGAAAACUUUUGAAGAUUACUACAAACAACAAACUUCUCAUAUUCUUGAUAGUGCUGUCAAAGCAUUACAUAAAUAUCCUGAAUUACGCUUCAUUUGGUCUGAAACAUCUUUUCUUGAACGCUGGUGGAGAGAUGCUUCAGAGAUUGAUAGAAAGAAGAUGACUGAUCUUGUCCAUAAUGGAAAGCUCGAAAUAACGGGAGGUGCUUGGGUAAUGACUGACGAAGCAACACCCUUAUUCUAUCCAGCAAUAGAAAAUAUGAUAGAAGGACAUCAAUUCAUCUGGGACACUUUAAAAGUUCGUCCAAACACUUCUUGGUCUGUCGACCCGUUUGGUCAUGGAGCGAUGUUACCUUAUCUUCUACCUAAAGCCGGAAUCGAUUACAUGGUCAUUGGCCGCUUCCAUGAUCACAUCAAAGAACACUUAAGACAACAUCAAACUUUACGUUGGAGAUGGAAUGAUUUGUAUACAAACGAUCAAUCCAGCGGACCAUAUGUGAAUUCGUUACCAUACUUUGUUUAUACGACGGAAAGUGCCUGUCCAGAUAGUAGUAUUUGUCGAUGUUUCCACGUCGGCCCGUCUAGUCGAGCUAGCUGCUCACCACAGGAUAGAAUGGUUAGCUUAGAUGCCCCAAAGCUUGAAAAACUCACAAAACGCUUUCUCAGUCAAAUCAAGCAAGUGCAGAAGCUUUACGGAUCUAAGCAUCAUUUGGUGGCUAUCGGUGAUGAUUUUUUCUUCCAAGACCCCGCUGAUUUUGAUGAAAUGUUCCAUGGAUUCAACCAAAUGAAGAUAUACUUAGACCGUUUCCCCGAGUACAGAACGAAAAUCCGCUUCUCAACUGUAUCAGAUUUCUACAACGCUGUUAAGGAUGAGAACAUUCCUUCUUUGAGAGGUGAUUUGUUCCCGUAUACAAGUAACAGAAAUCAGCCGAAUCCCUGGUGGACUGGAUACUUCACUCAUCGCCCCUUCACUAAGCGAAUGGAGCGAGUAUUACAAGCCAAUAUUCAACAAUUGGAUUUACUCUUACAUUUGGAAAAAUCGCGAGUAUAUGAUUACGAAUCAUUAAGAGAGGCAAAACGUAAUCUCGCUCUCUACCAACAUCACGAUGGGAUAACAGGAACUUCGAAAAAACCAGUCAUGGCUGAUUAUGAACAAAGGAUGGUCAAAGCAUACGAAAUAACUAAAAGAGAAUUAAACAAGUUGAUGAACUCUUCGUUGACACGACCAGAUUUGAUGGAAUCCGACACUAUUUUACAACUGAAAGAAAAUAAGAAAAUUUAUAUCACCGUUUUCAACUCGAAUAUCUUCACAGUUAAUCGAGAGAUUAAGGUUGUUGCUGACACCCCAGCUAGGGUGUUCCGUGAUAAUAAGGAUAUACAAGCUUUCAUUGUUACAUCAAAUGCUAACAAAUAUGAAAUGUUGUUUACUUAUGAUUUGCCAGCUAUGUCCACCACAGUGUUUGAGCUGAUAGCUCAGAACGCGCCUGAUCCAAGAAAACCUCCGAUUGUAGCACCUUUACUAAUAUUCGAUCAGAACAAUUCUGUAAAAAGUUUCAUUCACAACGGAUUUUUGAGAGUUUUACGUAUCAACUUUUUCGAAAUUGAUGAUACUGGAGGAGCAUAUACAUUCGAACCGAGAGGUGAUAAGAGAAUUGUUAAUAUCAGUCAUUAUGAAGAAUCUUUUGGGCCAACCAGUUAUAAACGAAAAAUUUUCUUCCAGAACAGAAAGCUCGUAGUGACUAUUUCUAAUUCACAUAGCAUUGAAGAUGGCAUUGACAUUGAUGUUGACACCGAUGUUCCGGACAACGAAGCCCUGUUUAUGUCCAUCUCAACUGAUUUGAAUACCAAUGCCUUCCAUACAGAUAUCAAUGGUCUGUUCCAUAGGAAGAGAAAGUUCAUGAAUGCCAUGGAUAAUGCAGGUCUACCUUACGAAGCCAAUUUUUAUCCUGUCGCUGCUUCAGUAUUUUUGGAAGAUGACGAGUCAAGAUUAACAGUUUUGACAGGGCAACCACUGUCUGCUACUUCACCUAGGCCUGGUGAGUUACACCUCAUGAUGGACAGAAGGCAGACAGGACAAGACGGAAAAGGAUUAUGGUUCGGAGAUGCUUUAGACAGUCGAUCCGCUCAUGUAAAGUACAGAAUUAUUUUUGAAGAGAAAUCGAAAAAUCAGGUUGUGGCUGAAUCACCGGCCCUCAGUCAACUGGCUACCUCUCAUUGGAAUGACAUGCUUUACCCUCCUAGUGUUAUGUAUUCAGAUGUGAAGCAGAUGGACAAAAAAUGGUUCGAUUUCGAAUGGCCUUGCUCAAUCCAAUUAGUUUCCUGGAGACCAAUCUCAUCAAAAGCGUCUCUGUUAGUUUUGCGUCGGACAGUAUUUGAUUCAGCUUUUGCAUUGAAAAAAUCAUGCACGGGCAAACUGGAAGAUGUUUACAACUAUCUAAGAUCUCGAAGUUCUGAUCUGCUGCACACGUCUCUAAGUGGAAUUCAUGACAGUAAUAAUGUUACAAUAGAAUCGUUAAAAACAAGUCUUGAAAAGCCAUAUUCCAUAGUUACACUACGAGUUGAAGAUUGA